AUGUUAUUAAAUUCACUCCUUGCCAGUCUGGCCAUUGGGUCAGCUCUGGUUGCUGCUGAGCCAGUCCCAAGAUCUACCUCCCAGUACCCUGUUAUCAAGACCAACAAGGGCUCUGUCCAAGGAAUCGUUUCUGAUUACCGUAAUGAUAUUACCGUCUACAAGGGAAUUCCUUUUGCUGCCAGUACUGCUGGUGAAAACCGCUGGAAGAAGCCGAAGGCACGCAAGGCUUGGUCUGGUGUGAAGAAGGCCGAUACAUGGGGGCCUCAGUGCGCCCAGUCGACUCAGUCGUCCGCUGGAAUCUUCAACACUGCAUCUAAUGUCUCCAGUGAGGACUGCCUGUUCCUCAACAUCUGGACCCCCACCUACAACGAUACCAGUGAUCUGACCUCCAAGAAGCUGCCUGUCUAUGUCUGGAUUUUCGGGGGACGUUUUGAAGCUGGAUCCGGUGAUGUUGCCACAUACGAUGGAUCUGGUUUGGCCAGCAAGGAUAUCAUUGUGGUUACUUUGAACUACCGUCUCGGUGCCUUUGGAUUCCUCGCUCACCCUGAACUCUCUGCCGAGUCUGGACACAACAGCUCUGGAAACUACGGACUUUUGGACCAGCAGUUCGCCCUCCAAUGGGUGCAGGAGAACAUCGCUAAGUUCGGUGGAAACCCCGACCAGGUGACUGUUGGUGGCCAGUCGGCUGGAUCUUCCAGCUCGCUUGAUAUGAUGUACUCCCCACUCUCUAAGGACCUUAUCAACGGUGUUAUCUCCGAGUCGGGAGCCCGUGGCCCUCACGACCCUAUCACUGGUAGUGACGCUACCAGCUACCGCACCAAGGCUGCCGCCGAAUCCCAGGGAGUCUCAUUCCAAAAGGAGCUCAACUCGACAUCUGUAGCUGAGAUGCGCAAGCUGUCAACUGAGCUCCUUAUUAGCUACGGCUCUCUGAGUGACACUAUCUUUGAAGGCACCCAGUUUGAAAACCUGACCAGCUCCUUCAUGGAGCCUCCUCUAUGGCGUCCAAACAUCGACGGAUACGUCCUUACACACAACUAUGGCCAGGCUCUCGAUCUCAAUGCUCAUGCCGAUGUUCCUAUCCUAACUGGAAACAACAAGGAUGAGUCAGGUGCCGCUACUGACUCCGACUUCACUGUUGCUACCUACAAGAAGCUAUACACCGAGAUGUUUGGCACUUUUGCCAAAGAAUUCUUCUCUCUUUAUCCCGGCAACAACGAGACUGAGGCCAACGAUAACAGCAACGCACUGUUCCAGGACCUUAGCCGCGUUGGAACCUGGCGCUGGGGUGUUGAUUGGACUGCUGGCGGUGCCAAGAGCGAUGUCUACACAUACUACUGGACCCAUACCCCCGCCGAGGAUGCUUCAGCUGGUGCUUACCAUGGUAGUGAGCUUUGGUACGUGUUCAACAACAUUCCGUACACCGAUUACUCAAACGUGACCUGGACUCCUCUUGACUACAAGAUUCAAGAGAAGAUGUCAAACUACUGGGCCAACUUCAUCAAAACCGGAAACCCCAACGGCGACGGCCUGACCCACUGGCCUACCACCACUACAGACAAGGAUGUCAUGUGGCUUGGCAACUCUUGGGGCUCUGGCCCUCUCUCCAAGACCGAGGCUCGUAUUGAGUUCAUCAAGCGUUGGGAGGCCACCCUCCAGCAGUGGUAA